AAUACUAGUUAAUAAAAUAAUUGGAGUAAUUCAAUCACACAAAUACAAAACCUCAAAUGAUAAUUACAAACCCGAACCCGACGAUCGGGGUUCCCCGACCCGCAAUGCCCACUCCUAUAUCAAGAACCGUCGCGGUCAUCGGCGCCGGAGCGGCGGGUCUCUCCGCCGCCCUGGAGCUCCGUCGAGAAGGCCACAGCGUCGUCGUUUACGAGAGGGAAACCCAGAUUGGGGGCACCUGGGCUUACACGCCCGAAACUGAAAACGACCCGAUUGGGCUCGACCCGACCCGGAAAAUAGUCCACACGAGUCUGUACGCUUCGCUCCGAACCAACCUACCACGGGAAGUUAUGGGCUUCCAGGCUUACCCGUUUACGGCGACCGAGAAACCCGGGAGGGAUCCGAGGAGGUUUCCGGGUCACCGGGAAGUGUUGGAUUAUUUGAGAGAUUUUGCCGAAGAAUUUCAGCUGGGUGAAUUGGUUAGGUUUGGGCGAGAGGUUUUUCAUGUGGGUUUGAUUGAUCAUCGAAAAUGGGUUGUUAAAUCGAAAAGGGUAAAUUGGGAAUUAGAAGAAGAAGAAGAAGAAAAUGAAUCCUUUGAUGCUGUGGUGGUUUGUAAUGGGCACUAUACGGAGCCCCGAAUUGCAGAAAUACCCGGCAUUGAUGAGUGGCCCGGGAAGCAGAUUCACAGCCACAACUAUCGGGUACCCGACCCGUUUCUCGAUCAAGUUGUGGUGCUAAUCGGAAGUUCCGCAAGUGCCGAUGAUAUUUCCCGAGAUAUUGCUAAAGUUGCCAAACAAGUCCACAUUGCAUCUCGAUCUUUCCCAAUUGGAGAUAUCGGAAAAUUGUCGGGGCACGACAAUAUUUGGCUCCAAUCCAUGAUUAACAGUGUCCGUAAAGAUGGUGCCGUGUGUUUUCAAGACGGAAACACAAUAUACGCGGAUAUUAUCCUUCACUGCACAGGUUACAAAUAUCAUUUUCCUUUUCUUGAAACAAACGACAUUUUGACUGUGGAAGAAAAUCGAGUUGGUCCGCUUUAUAAGCACGUUUUCCCUCCGACAUUGGCUCCGUGGCUUUCGUUUGUUGGCUUGCCGUGGAAGGUUGUACCUUUUCCGUUGUUCGAAUUCCAAACAAAGUGGAUAGCUGGAGUUUUAUCUGGUCGAAUUCCACUUGAAUCUACGGAGGAAAUGAAAGCCGAUAUCGAAGCUUUUUACUCGUCGCUCGAAGAAUCCGGCAUUCCUAAGCGAUAUACUCAUAAAAUAGGGGACCAACAGUUCGAGUAUAAUGAUUUGUUGGCGGCAAAGAGCGGCUCUCCACCAACAGAAGAAUGGAGAAAGGAAAUGUAUUUUGUGACGGGCAGAAGAAAGAGGAGCACACCCGAAACGUACCGUGACCAAUGGGAAGACCAAGAUUUGAUCUCACUCGCCCAUCAAUGUUUCGACAAACUAAACAUCGCAUUUAAGGCGUAAUUUUUAUUUUUCGUAUCAAAAAACCCUUGGGUUUCUUAUUACAUACGUGCAUAUGUAUCUGCACAAUUUCCUAUUUAUCGACUGGAAAUUGAACCUGAGAUUGUUGAAAUGUAAUGUGUAUUGAUAUCAAUCUGGGAAUAAGGGAAAAAAUAUUCAAAAUAUAUAUAUAUUUAAUUAUGUUGGAAUUUGAUAAA